AUGAGGCGCGUAAAUGCAGCAGAGGAGAAGAAGGAGAACAAGGACUCUUGGAUGGUUGAGAUAGGAGAAAGUUUUGGAUUCCAUGAUCAUUCUAAAUAUGAGUUGGAGCUGGAAAAGAAGUCCAUCUACAAAUGGCCGAACGACUUUGCCAUUGCCCCAGGCAUGUUGAUGCACCAGACUCCUCAGCUGGCAUCCAAUGGUCUUGCCAUUGCAUCAUGCAUGUUGAUGCACCAGACUCCUCAGGUUGCAUCCUUUGGCCCCUAUCACAACGGAAAGGAACACUUGCAGCCCAUGGAGUAUCACAAAGAAAGAGCUCUCUAUAGGAUAUUGAAGGGGAGGAGCGAUUUACUCUAUGCAUUCAUUGACUCUUUGAAGGGCGUAGAGCAAGAACUCAGGAAUAGCUAUGACAAUCUCGAUCCAAAAUUAUCAUUCGAUUCUUUUUUAAGAAUGAUGUUGCUCGAUGGAUGCUUCAUGAUUGAGCUCUUACGAAAUGGGAAUAGUUCUGAGCCUGAUCUUGUCUUUAGCAAGCCUGGCGCGAGUGGCAUUAGCAUAACAGGAUUCAGAGACACCUGCAUAUUGGCAUUCAGAGGAGUGAGGUUCUGCACUGGCAUUGGUGCAAAUGUUUCACGUUUAGUUGAUGAAUCUUUGCAUAUUCUAGACAUGUACAUGAAGUGCCUGAUAAUGGAAAACGCACCAAAUGAACAAAAACACCCAUCUGCAGUAGACUUUAUUAAAUCUGCUCAAUCAAUGUUGCAUGUUACCGGCAAGAAACUGAUGUCUAAGCUGCUAGAGAUCCCUAUCUUUUUCAUUAGGCCAAAACCAGGAAAACAUGAUUUACGCGUGCGAUCUGCAAUGAGGUUUCAUGAAGCAGGAGUUGAGUUCAAGGUAACUAAGCCUAACGGACUAAGAAUUCACUUCUCUGAAGGGGUCCUUACUCUUCCACCCAUUCUGAUAGAAGACUACACGGCAGCAAUCUACAUGAAUAUGAUGGCUUUCGAACGGAUGCACCCAAAACUGUGGAGAGACCGAAGGGUGACAUCAUAUAUGGGCUUCAUGGACAAUCUAAUAGACACUGCUGAAGACAUGAGCCUUUUGUGCUCACGAGGGAUCAUGGACAACUUUCUUGGGAGCAACGAAGAAGCUGCCGAAGUCUUCAACAACUUGGCUGUUGGCGUUUCAUACUGCCUAGACCCUGAAGUCCACAAACCCUUGCAUAAAUACGUUGCUUCCGGCUGGAAUGCAGCGAAAGCAGUGUUGGGGGUUUUCCAUGUAAAAAUCUUCUCGUGCAUUUGUGAUUGCUUGGUUGUUGGUUUGUUGCUUCUUGCAUGA